CAACUGUCUCCGCCCAACAUCUCGUACUCCCCGGCGUCCCCGCUCCAGCCAUGGCGUCGCCGACCUCGGCCGCCACCCUCGUCCUCGUCGUCCUCCUCCCACUCGUGGCUUCGGCCGCGGUGCCGCACAGGCACCGGCUGCCGUCCUACCACCUCACGUCCCUCGACGCGUCGGAGCCGCCGACCACUUUCUUCGAGGUGAACCGCCCGAUCCCCCCGCCGCGCGGCAGCCUCGGGCCCUGCUCGACGCUGCUCCUCUCUCACUCGUUCGGCUACACCUACGGCCAGCCCCCCGUCACAGCCGCCUACGCGCCGCCGGCCUGCCUCGCCGCCGCCCGCGGGGCGUCGUCCCUCGCGCUCGCCGUGCUCGAGUGGAGCGCCGACUGCCGCGGCCGCCAGUUCGACCGCAUCUUCGGCGUGUGGCUCUCCGGCGCGGAGCUCCUCCGCAGCUGCACCGCCGAGCCGCGCGCCAUCGGCAUCGUCUGGUCCGUGUCCCGCGACGUCACGAGGUACGCGGCCGUCCUUGCCGAGCCUGGCGAGAUCGCAGUGUACCUCGGGAACCUUAUCGACAGCACAUACACUGGCGUCUACCACGCCAACCUGACGCUCCACCUCUACUUCCACCCCGCGCCGCCGCCUCCACCCCGGCAGGCCGAUCUGAUCGUUCCCAUCUCGAGAAGCUUGCCUCUGAACGAUGGACAAUGGUUCGCAAUCCAGAAUGCCACCGAUGUGCAAGGCAAGAAGCUCGCCAUUCCGUCGAACACCUACCGGGCGGUCCUUGAGGUGUUCGUUUCCUUCCAUUCCAACGAUGAAUUCUGGUACACAAAUCCUCCCAAUGAUUACAUUCAAGCAAACAACUUGUCCUCCAGCGUCCCAGGCAAUGGUGCAUUCCGGGAGGUAAUUGUUAAAGUCAACGAUGAUAUCGUUGGUGCUAUUUGGCCAUUCACUGUGAUUUACACCGGCGGUGUCAAUCCACUUCUGUGGCGGCCAAUCACCGGCAUUGGCUCAUUCGAUCUACCUACCUAUGAUAUUGACAUUACACCUUUCUUGGGCAAGCUGUUGGAUGGCAAGGAGCAUGAUUUUGGGUUUGGAGUGACCAAUGCGCUGGAUGUAUGGUACAUUGAUGCAAAUUUGCAUCUAUGGUUAGAUCACAAGAGUGAGAAGACAUCUGGAAGCUUGAUCAGCUAUGAUGCUCCGCAACUGGUGCUGAAUGUGGACUCGCGGUUCAGUGGGCUGGAUGGCCAGUUUGUAACUGGCGCAAACCGGCAUAUCUCCGCCACCGGUGCGGUGAAAUCGUCUUAUGGGGAAGUCACCACAAAUUUCUACCAAAGAUUCAGUUAUGAGAAUAGCAAUGUAUAUAGCAAGAACGGCUCAGUGCAAGUGGUGAACCAAACCAUUGAUGCAAAGUCUGGUGUUUGUGCCAAGGAUGCUUUGUCUGUGCUGCUAUCAGAGGAACUUCACCAGAUCUUCCCUCUCUAUGUUUAUACCGGAACGUCAGAUCAAAAAGCUGAUGAGUACACAUUGAUUUCAUUCGUCAAAUUGGGCGUCAACGAGAAGAAAACCUCUGGUGGUAAGAUGGGGUUCUCGUACAACUCUCUGCGGAAUUCACAGUCGGCCCGUGGUAGUAUGAAGGUGAAGAAGAAUUUGGUCGUUGGUGGAUUGGGGGAGACCCAUCACGUGUAUAAAUAUGUUGGUACUGAUGGAUGCUACUUCAGGGAUGUUAGCAGCAAGAAUUACACUGUGCUUUCUGACCAAUCUGGUGAUUCCUGCACAAAGAGAAAGCCAUACGGUGGUGCUAAAUUCUCUUCCAGGAACGAUCAAUCAUCAAGAAGAAAGUUGCUAGCUGGUGAAGCAUCGGCUAUGGCGUCGCGGGGCACUAGCUCCUGCCUGCUCGCCCUCGUCCUCUUGCUGCUCCUCCCCCUCGCGGCGCUCGCCGUACUGCCGAGGCGCCGCUUCCCGUCUACCCUCCGCCUCGCUUCCUUCGACGCGUCGGAGCCGCCGACCACCUUCUUCGAGGUGGACCACCCGAUCCGCCCGCCGCGCGGCAGCCUCGGGCCCUGCUCGACGCUGCUCCUCUCCCAUUCGUUCGGCUACACCUACGGCCGGCCCCCCGUCACAGCCGCCUACGCGCCGCCGGCCUGCCUCGCCGCCGCCGGCGGGGGGUCGUCCCUCGCGCUCGCCGUGCUCGAGUGGAGCGCCGACUGCCGCGGCCGCCAGUUCGACCGCAUCUUCGGCGUGUGGCUCUCGGGGGCGGAGCUCCUCCGUAGCUGCACCGCCGAGCCGCGCGCCACCGGCAUCGUCUGGUCCGUGUCGCGCGACGUCACGAGGUACGCGGCCCUCCUCGCCGAGCCUGGCCAGAUCGCGGUGUACCUCGGGAACCUCAUAGACGACACCUACACUGGCGUCUACCACGCCAACCUCACGCUUCACCUCUACUUCCACCAAGCAUCGCAGCAGCAGAAGCAGCAUGCCGAUCUGAUCUUGCCUAUCUCAAGAAGCUUACCUCUAAACGACGGGCAGUGGUUCGCCAUCCAGAAUUCCACCGAUAUGCACUCCAAGAAGCUUGUCAUUCCGUCGAACACUUACAGGGCAGUUCUUGAGGUGUUCGUCUCUUUCCACUCAAAUGAUGAGGACUGGUACGUGCACCCGCCAAAUGAAUACAUUGAAGCCAACAAUAAGUCCGGCCUCCCCGGCAAUGGCGCAUUUCGGGAGAUCACUGUUAAGGUCGACGGCGAUGUCGUCGGUGCUGUUUGGCCCUUUACUGUCAUCUACACUGGCGGUGUCAACCCGCUUUUCUGGCGGCCUAUCACCGCCAUUGGUUCAUUCAAUCUCCCUACAUAUGACAUCGACAUCACCCCUUUCCUUGGUAAGCUCCUGGAUGGCAAGGAGCAUGAUUUCGGGUUUAGCGUAACAAAUGCUUUGGAUGUCUGGUUCAUUGACGCCAAUCUGCAUCUGUGGUUGGAUCAGAAGAGUAAGAAGACAUUCGGGAGCUUGCUGAGCUAUGAGGCUCCCACAUUGGCGCUUAAGGUGGACUCCAAUUUUAGAGCACUGGAUGGGCAGUUUGCGACAAGCGCAAACCGGCAUAUCGCUGCCACUGGGUGGGUGAACUCGUCAUGCGGCAAUGUUGUGACAACCUUCUACCAGAGAUUCACCUACAUAAACAGCAAUGUGUAUAGCAAGAAUGGCACGGUGCAAGUGGUGAACCAAACAAUCGUUGCAAAGUCCGGUGUUUUCUCCAGAAGCAAAAGCGUUGUGCUGCUCCUGGAAGAAGUUCACAGCACCUUCCCGUUAUACAUUUUUUCUGCAACCUCAGACCAAGUGGGUGAUGAGUACUCGUUGAUUUCGGUUGUGAGAAUGGGGUUCAAUGAGAAGAGGACCUCUGGCAGGAAGGCGGAGUUUUCAUACAACUCUUUGCGAAAUGCACAGUCGGCACAUGGUUAUAUGAGGGUAAAGAAGAAUUUGGUAGUUGAUGGAUUAGGAGAGACCCAUCAGGUAUAUAAAUAUACGGGUACCGAUGGAUGCUACUCCAGAUAUGUUGGCAGCAGGAAUUACACUAUAAUUUCCGAUCAGUCUGGUGAUGUUUGCUCCAAGGGAUCACCACAUAAUGGACCCAAAUUCUCCUCUGUGAAGCUUACUUGAAAGGUCAGCAAGCAAAAUGAAAGUUACUGGUGAACAAAACAUACAGAUAGAAUAAUAUAAAGAACUUCAUUGUUUCGGCCAUCUCUUCAAUAAAGGUUGAUUAGGUUGGUUUACGCUUCUUGUGGUAGGUAAGAAAACUGGAUUUCAUUAUAAAUACACUUCUUGAAAUCUAAGUGUGCUACAAGUAACUAUUACCAGUAGCUAUCAAUCGUACCAUGAUAUUUCUGGAUUGGAUGCUUUCCACCAUUGCUUAUCCUUUUCCACGGUUUAUCAUUUAUGCCAAUAUACUACAGCAGCCUGCAGAUUUUGUGCUGACAGUACAUUAGCUAGCCUUUGACAACAUGAUUGUCCCCGAUCUUCCUCAAGACUCUAAGAGAUUUUUAAGGUGCACAUGUAAGUCUUCGCUUUCAUAUAUGAUUACAGGGGUUGUACAUGGCAUAUCUAUAUUUAACUGGUCAUACUAACUGCUUUGUGUAACUUGUGUUGUUGUACACUUGUAUUAUAUGUUACUUUUCGAAGUAAUAACAUCACUUCUAAUGAAAACUUGGACCUCAGACUUAUUUUGUAGUCAAGUUAUGAAAAAAAAACCAGGUAAAUGAUGCCC